AUGAAUUCAACAUUACAUAUAUCAAAUUUUACAAAUAAAUAUAUUCAAGUUCAAGUUAAACAAAAUGAUCAAAACUUACCUAUUAAAUGUAAAUCUAUAGAUAAUAUAGAUAUUCUACAUCUAUUUCCAAACAAUACUCUUGAUAAAACUAAAGAAUAUAAUAUUUUUUAUAACGAUAAUUUAUUAUAUAAUAUCAAACCAAUUAAAUAUUUUAGAACUAUUAAUUAUACAUUUUGGAAAUGUAUAGCUUACAAUAAACAAGUAUAUUUGGGAUUAAGUGAACUUGCUAAAAAAAUAAAUAUUCCAGAUAAUAUAACAUGUAUUUAUGAGCAAAAUGAUAAAUAUAUAAAAAUUCAAAAAACAAAUCUAUAUGAAGAUGAAUGUUUUAAUAUUAGUAAUAUUGGAAUAUAUAAUUUUUUAAUCGAUAACAGGAUUUUUAAAACAGUAAGAAUAAAUUCAGAACAAGAAAUUACUUUUGUUGAUAAUGAAAAUAUAAAAAAAGAUUAUUUGAUUACUCGAUUUUAUGAUUAA